AUGUACGGCGCUCUGCUUCUCUUCGACCAGGACUUCAUCCACGUGGUGUCCAUAACCUUCACCUCAGUGCUACUCACUGAACUCCUCAUGGUUGCUCUCACUAUUCACACUUGGCAUUUCGUGAUGGUUCUGGCGGAACUUGCCAGUCUGGUCAUCUAUAUCAUCGCUUUGGCAGUCUUCAAGUCAUUCUUCGAUCAAGCCUUCCUUCUGACAUUGAACUUUGUGUGGAAGGUAUUCGCCAUCACGGGAGUGAGCUGUAUUCCAUUAGUCGUCUUGAAGUGCAUUCGAAUGAAACUUCGACCACCAAUCUACUCCAAGCUUCGAUGA